AUGAGUACCUUCGGAGGGCCCGGUGGCCGUCAAAUCAUCUCCAAGCCAAUCCCGCCUCAGCGUGGCUCUUUUCCCUUGGACCAUGAAGCCGAAUGUCAGCCGAUCAUGAAAGAUUACUUGAAAUGCUUGCGGCAGUACAAAGGCAUGAACGACGAUGUCUGCCGGCAACUGAGCAAAAGCUACUUGCAAUGCAGAAUGGAAAGGUAGGCGCUUGGAAUUACAGAGGCGAUCACCGCACAUUCGGACAAGGGACUAAUCGAUGAUUUGCACUGUACAGAAACCUUAUGGCACCAGACUCGAUGCGG